CACUCAUUUCCACUCUUCCGAGUUGUUCAGCGGAGUGCACAGUGCCGCGUUGCUAAAAACUGUUUUUUAGAUUCGAAAUAUAUUAUUUUAGAACCGUUUAAUAUUUAGUGUAAUACACCAUGUCUGUAGCAACGAAAGGUAUCUUCAUUGUUGGUGCUAAACGCACAGCAUUCGGCACAUUCGGCGGUGUAUUCAAGAACACAUCGGCCACAGAACUGCAGACACAUGCAUUCAAUGCUGCAUUGAAGGAGGCCGGUGUUGCCCCUGCGCAGGUUGACUCGGUUGUAGUCGGACAGGUCAUGUCGGCAUCCCAAACAGACGGCAUCUACACUCCCCGUCACGCGGCGCUGAAGGCCGGCAUUCCUCAGGAGAAGCCCGCUCUUGGCAUCAACAGGCUAUGUGGCUCCGGAUUCCAGUCCGUUGUUAACAGUGCCCAGGAUAUCAUGACUGGCGCAGCCAAGAUCUCUCUCGCUGGCGGCGUGGAAAACAUGUCACAAGCCCCCUUCGCCGUCCGCAACAUUCGCUUCGGGACCAUGCUGGGACAAUCCCAUGUCUUCGAAGACACUCUUUGGGCUGGUCUGACUGACUCCUACUGCGGACUGCCUAUGGGAAUGACUGCUGAGAAGCUUGGAGCUCAGUUCAAGGUCACCAGGGAUGAAGUGGACAACUUUGCUUUGGAGUCACAGCAGAGAUGGAAGAAAGCCCACGACGCAGGAGUGUUCAAGGCCGAAAUUGAACCCGUGACCCUGACCAUCAAGCGCAAGGAGGUCAAGAUCGACACUGACGAGCACCCAAGACCUCAGACCACUAUCGAGGGUCUCAAGAAGUUGCCCCCUGUGUUUAAGAAGGAGGGGCUUGUCACUGCUGGUACUGCUUCUGGUAUCAGCGACGGUGCGGGCGCCAUUGUCCUCGCUAGCGAAGAAGCCGCCAAGGGGCUUAAGCCCCUCGCUCGUCUCGUGGGCUGGUCCUACGUUGGUGUUGACCCCUCCAUCAUGGGCAUUGGCCCUGUACCCGCUAUUGAAGGCGUGCUCAAGGCCACAGGAUUAAGCCUUAACGAUAUCGACCUGGUUGAGAUCAACGAAGCCUUCUGCGCUCAGACCCUGUCUUGCGCCAAGGCCCUUAAACUGGACCCCUCCAAGUUGAACGUGAACGGCGGAGCCACGGCCCUGGGACACCCUCUCGGCGCCUCCGGGUCCCGCAUCACGGCGCACUUAGUACAUGAACUCAAACGCCGCGGCCUGAAGCGCGGCAUCGGCUCCGCUUGCAUCGGCGGAGGUCAAGGCAUCGCUCUCCUCAUCGAGACCGUCUAAACUGUUCCAUGAGACUGAUAAAAUAGUGCAGUAACAAAUGAGUGAAAAUUACCUACUACUUUUAUACCCUUUUACUGCCAAUGACCUUCUUUUCAUCACUCUGGCUCACUAAGUGUGUGAUUGUACGAACGUAAUAGAUAGUUAUGAAAUUCCUGGUACCAAUAUUAACUUAUUUUUUUUUAUUAAGUGAUGAGAAAUAUUGUGUGGUAACUCGGCACUUAAGAAUAUUGCAAACUCGAGUCUUUAAAUCGCUCCUGCAAGCCUCUUUUUUUGCAAUGUUUACGCCCCACGUUGCACACGUCAUGUACCAUUGAAGCGAGUUCAUUCGUUUACGAUGACAAGAAAUAAGAGGUAUGACGUUCAUAGGGUUAAGUUGGAAUUAUAUCUUAAUAAGUAAGUAUACUUAAACUGUUAAGAAUAAAAGGUACCUAAUAAUAUUGUAUAAAUGUUUCACUGCCUGCAAAUGUAUAAAUUGGCUGAAAUCAAAGUUAUAUCAUAUUGUAAAUUAAGCUAUAUUUUUAAUACGCUGUUUUACGAGAUUUGGAAGUAUUUCUAUAUUUUAAAUUGUUAUUGUGUGUACAAUUUACAUCACUAAUAAAUCAACUAUUUUAAA